AUGGUCAAAUUUGUUAAUGUAUAAAUAAGAAAUGUAUAUAAAAAAGUGUGUUCUACAGUUCCUGGUUUGGAGACAUGUUUUUUAUGUAAUUCUGGAAGUGAAUGUAAGACAUGUUAAUCAAGAUAUUAUUUAAAUGAUUAAAAAAAGUGUGUUGCAUUUGAUGGAUGUGAUGUAAGAUGUAAUACUUGUUUGACUACUAAUCCUAAAUAUUGUACAACUUGUGAUUACAUAAAUUUUAAAAGAGUUUCUACUGGAGAUGGUAAUUGUGUUUGUGCAUAGUCACAAAAUUAUGCUGAAAAAUAUGGUUCUUGUGUUUUAUGCACAGAAGGGUUUUGUAAAACCUGUACAUUUAAUUUUUUUGAAUGUACAUCAUGUGAUGCAACAAAGAAUAGAGUUCUUGUAGAUUAGAGUUGUCCAUGUUUAUAAGGAUAUUAUGAAACUGAUUUAGAUGAUAAGAUAUGUUUGAGUAUGAUGUAGAUAAUAAAAUUAUAGAAUGUCAUCAAACAUGUUAUAAUUGUGAAAAUCCAACUAAAAAUGAUUGUACUGAAUGUGAUAGUCUAAAGAAUAGAUAUUUGUUUUAAGGAUAGUGUUUAUGCAAGAGAGGAUAUAUAGAAACAUUAGUAAAUGGAGUCUUACUUUGUUUAGGUUUUUAAUGUAGAAAUAUUAAAAUAGCUUGUCAUCCAAGAUGUGAAAAAUGUUCAAAACCAUAAGAUAGUACAUCUAAUUAAUAUUGUACACUUUGUAUUACAGGACAAAAGAGGAUGUUGACAGAUGUAUUUAAAUGUGAUUGCAUUAAAACUUAUGGUGAUAAUAAUGGAAUUGCUGAUAUAUGUUUUUGUAAGAAUUGUUAUAAUAUAAUAGAAUGUUAUUAUACUUGUGGAAGUUGUGUAGGUGAUUAACCUAAUGAUUGUAAUAUGUGUUUAGAUUCUUCAAAUAGAUAUUUGA